AUGUCCUCACCGACCAAUAACACUGUCCUUCCGGACAAGUGUGCUCAAUAUGACUUCACAACCACUCCUGCAGAGCGUGUUGGCCCACCGCCCCCUUACACUUCUCCCUCUCUCCAAGCGAAUCUCGCCUUCAGAGUUACCCUCGGAGCCAUCUCCCUCUUCAUUACUUGGGUUCCUGCCCGCCUGCUCUGGAGGACGGGAGAGUUCGCCGGCACGAUACUUUGCGUGAUGCUUAUCAUCAAUAAUACUACGACGCUAGUUAACACUCUCAUCUGGCGCGAUAACAAAGUAGCUGAAUGGUGGACUGGAUAUGGGCUAUGUGACCUUCAGGUCUACACCCAGUUUGCUUUUCACGCCGUCUUCAACAUUAGUCUCUUCGAGAUCAUGCGUGGUCUUGAAGCCAAAGUCUCCUUGAACCGCUCCAUCGCCCCGAUUCGUGCUGAGCACCGUCGUCAGCGCAUCAUCUCCGCCCUUAUUAUCUUCACUUUCCCGGUCCUGGAGAUCACCCUCAACUACUUCGUUCUUACUCGCCGCUAUGACAUCAAGACUCUGGUCGGCUGCAAUACUAUCUACUUUUCCAGCUGGAUCUAUCUUAUCUUUUAUAUCCUUCCGAUUCCCGUCUUUAUGGUUGGAGCUUCUUUCAGGGCAGGCGAUAAUGUCGCCCAAGCUUGUCAGCAACGUGUCCGUAUCAAGCUCUACUUUAUGACCUUGAUCGUCAUCGUCGUGGCCACGCCAAUCACUUUGGCGUUCUUGAUCUCCUAUCUGCUCUCUGCCUAA